AUGGACAACCUGAGCCCUCGGCCCGCGCCGAGAUCGCGCAGAAGAAAGACAACCAGCCCCGGCAGUGGGAGUAGUGAAGACGUACUGAAGGACCGCCGGGAACGAAACCGUACGUCGCAGCAGGAGUUUCGGAAACGCCGGCAGGCGGCGGAGGCGAGCCGGCGGCAACGGGUCCAGCGGCUCGAGAACGUCGUCGAGGACAUGAGCGUCCUCUUCAUCGACCUGUUCGACCAGAUCCUCCGCGACGAACAAGUCGUCAAGCACUGCCCGCAGCUCCUCGGCGUGUUCCAGAGCUCGGCGCGCCGCCUGAAGACGUUGGUGGAGCCCGUGACCGACGCCGAAGACGGAGACGCGGGCUCGACCGGCGAGCCUUUGGGGUUCAACAUCUUGGAGGCGGCGGCGGGAUACCGGCACGCGGAGGAGCGCGCCAAGGGCGGGCAUGCGAUGCCUCCCGACCCGCGCAGCACCCUGGAUAAGGAUGACCAAGACAAGCCCUCGAACCCAGCAACGGCUUCAAGAAGGCCGCUGAGCCGUGAAAGAGCCAUUGCCCUGUCUCCAAUAAUGACGGGCCUCGACCAGUCAGUGUUCCCGGGCGUCACACCUCCGCCGGCGAACACGAUCAUAGAUACCUUUUCCCUUCAACUGCUGGAGACGACGCUGUCCCAGGCCUGUCUCGUGCUGGACGGCUAUCUGCCGGUACCGCCCGAAGAGGUCCAACGCAUCUUCGGCACCGCGCUUCAGUUUCAGACGCAAGAGCAAGUGCUGUACCACUUGCGCUGGUUGCUGGCGUCAGAUCUCGGCCAGAAGCAGGCCGCGGCAAAGAUGCCCUGGGGCGCCAUGUUCGAAGACCAUCUUGAUACCCCUCAACAUGCGAUGCAGAGCCUGGGGCCAGGACUGAGUGCCUCCCCGGGUUCGGCUUCAGACCAGGCGAACGCCGCUUACUCCCCGCCGGGCUUCCUGACGGCCGUGGACAUCCAAGAGCGACUCCGGGGGCUGGGGGCGAGACAAUCGGGGCCGGACACCCUGGAACUUCGCAUCAGCGGCGAGACGGGCCAUGGGACUAGUCCCGGCGAUUCAGGUCCCGAACUCGAGCGCUCCAGUCCGUCAUCCGCCGCUGGACGUGGGGGAUCGUUCAAUAACCUCACCCUCCACGUCAAUGUCUCUCUUCUCCUCGUCAACCUCGUACAGUCGGCUACGUGCUUCAUUGCGGGGCCCGCCUACACUCAAAUCGGCUUCUCCAAGGCCGUGGAAAGGUCUGUGGUAUUACUCGAUGAUAGUGAUUUUUCUGCAUUGUCAAGCAACCCAUGA